AUGGCUGCAAAGUCAGUAUCAGGAAAUAAUGGCAGUCAAAAUUUAAGCACUUUUAACAAUGACCCAUCAAUUAAAAACAACAGGAAUUCAGUAGAUUCUCUUGUUUAUUCAAACUUCUCACCAAGCAAUAUACCGCGUCAUCAAGGUCCGGGAUCCAUUGCCUCAUCGUCCUAUUCCAAUUUUCGAAAACAAAAUUUUACGGGCGGCGCCAAUAAUGGUGGCAUCUAUGGCCAAAGCAAGCACCCUUAUGGCGGGUCAUUUUCCACCACCGGAAGUAAUUCAGGGGGAUUCGGAUCAUAUAGUAGGAAUAUUCUUGCGGAAUCUGCCAAACGCACCACUAGAUUCUUCAAGUUUAAAGUUCCCGUGUUUUUCAAACGUGUAUUGAAGCCACCAACGUUGGAUUUUGACAAAUCAAUCUGGGAAAUCUUCUAUUUGAUUUUUUCGCCAAAGAAGGUCUACAAAAGUUUGUAUUACCACAAAUAUACCAAAAACUAUUACCAUCGUGAUGAUCCAUCAUUCAUUAUUCUUAUAAGUUUUUUUCUUGUUAUUAGUGCCAUUGCUUGGGGGAUCACGUACAACAUGAAAUUUCUCGGUAUAUUGAAGCUUAUAUUAUACAUGGUGGUGGUUGAUUUUUACGUAGUGGGGAUAAUCGUUGCUACUAUAAAUUGGUUCUUGGUCAAUAAAUUUUUGAGGAAAAAUAACUACAUGAGUGAAUUGUACGGUAGUGGCGGCUCUUCCUUCAAUAUAAACAACAACAAUAAGGUGCUAGGGUUUUUACAAUACUUAAUGUUUAAGGCUGGGAACUUUUUCAACCUGAAUAAACCAGACUCAUCUGCUUCAUUAUCAUCUGAGGAAACUUUGGAAUGGGCUUACUGUUUUGAUAUUCAUGCUAACUCUUUCUUAAUUAUUUGGAUCAACCUAUAUUUGGUACAGUUCAUUUUACUACCAGUUUUGGUACUCAAUAACUUCUUGAGCAGAUUUUUGGGUAACACAUUAUACUUGAUAACUUUGUCGUAUUAUUCGAUCAACAGUUUUUACGGAUACAAUAUUUUGCCGUUCCUACUUAAAACUGAAUUCAUUUUAAUUCCAAUACCAAUAUUUAUGAUUUGCUGGUUGGUCAUGACUUUGGGAGGUUUUAAUAUGACAAAUUACAUGGUCGAUAGCUAUUUCAAUUAA